ACUGAUACCAUCUACAACAACGAGGAUUCCAGCCUCGCGCUCGCAAGAGACAUCGCUAGGCUGAAGAGGGAAGAUUCACCUGAACCUCCCCUACACUCGUCCCACGCCUUCUCUCGUCCAGCCAUCAAGGAAUCCAUCCUCAAGCAUGUCGGCCUCGAAGGAAUCGACUGGAACACUUGGCAACCUAGCCAACAUCCCGAAGCUAGAAUCAACAGCCGGAUGGAUCAACUGGAGCCGAGAAAUGAAGGACCAUCUCACGAUGUCGGGAUACGGAGACUGCCGCGAUGGAAUGAUUAUACUCUCUCGACUGGGCACGAGAGUCUUUCAGACUUGGGUGAGGGCACGAGCAAAGUCCCGGAGACGAAGGCGGAGGGGAAGUAUACGUCCAUACAUUUUGGGAGCGAAGCGACAUCUCAUCAACCGACCUGGAAGGGAGGUACAAGCAGUUCCCUUAGAAAUCAGACCGAGGAACGAGGUCGCCUUUAAGUUUGGUUUCUAAGGGGACGUUGGGACUCGGGACCAGACCAGAGCAC